AUGACAAAGCGUUCAACUACGAAUGAGUCUCAUAACAUAAGUAGUAGUGAAGAUGAGCUCCAGAUAGAUCUCUAUACAGACAUGUUAGAAAGACUAACUGUAGAAGAUAAUGACAGCAAUGAUAGUGAUAUCGUCCAACCAAAAAGGCGACGAAGAGUUCGCAUAGAUAGCGAUUGUGAUACGAAAGAAAAAACAUCGCAACAUGACAACGUAUCGUCAAGUGAAGAGUGGGAAGAUGUUACUGAAUCAGGCAUUCCUCCAGCUACGAUAAAUUUUGAUUUACAUGACGAAAUAGCCGGACCACAAUUACUGAGUAACGUAAAAGAACCCAUAGACUAUUUUACAUUAUAUUUUACUGAAGAAUUAGCAGACAGCAUAAUAAAAGAAACAAACAAUUAUGCCAACGAAGAAAUUAGAAAGAAACAACUUUCAAGAAAGUCAACUUGGCACAAGUGGUACGAUAUUACUAAAGAAGAAUUUUUUGCAUUCAUCGCCGUUAUCCUAAAUAUGGGAUUGAUUCAAUUCCCAAACAUACAAGAAUACUGGUCUACUGCUUCCAAUAGUAAAAUCCCUUUUUUUCCGGAAACAUUAACUAGGGGCAGAUUUAUGGAGAUAUUUUGGAUGUUUCAUUUGAAGAAACCCACGCAAAGAAAUGCAACAGUAAGAACUCGUAUUCAAAAAGUCAGCAACUAUUUAGAAUAUAUAGAUGACAAAUUUAGACAAUAUUUCAUACCGUAUCAAGCAGUCGCUGUGGAUGAAUCGAUUGUAAAAUUUAAAGGCAGAAUAUCAUUCAUCACCUAUAAUCCGAACAAGCCAACAAAUGGAGAUGUUGUAACAGUGAAUAGACCUGAAAUGAUGUUAGGAUAUACGGCAAAUAUGGGUGAUGUGGAUCUUGCUGAUCAAUAG